AUGAGACGUCGAUUCUGGGUUCCGGCUUUCGCCAUUGCGGCCCUUCUUGGCAACGUCUGCGCGCAGCUGGAUUCAUUGCCACCAUGUGGUAUUACCUGCGUUAACAAUGUCAUUGCCAAAGGCUUUGGUUGCGCCUCUGGAGACAAUGCCUGCCUGUGUAAACAGCAGGACUUCGUAUUUGGUAUUCGGGACUGCGCAUCGCAGUCAUGCGCCGCAGAUGUAGCACCCAAAGUCAACGAAUAUGUCACGAGUCUUUGUGCAACUGCAACUAAAGCACCCCCUGCUUCAACGCCACCUGCAUCAAACCCACCGCCUUCCACGCCCGCCGUUCAGCAGACAACCCCCCCGGCGGCGCUUCCGUCGACUUCUCAGCCGCCUCCGGCACCGUCAAGCUCGAGCGAGCCACCCAAGCCCAGCGUAGCUGAGACACCCGCUUCAUCUGAAGUCGCCAAAACAGUCUCAUCGGAAACUUCUAGCAAUCCCGUCACCGAUACUGCUCAGGCUUUCCAGCCGUCAACUGCAAUUCCAACCACCCUUGCCACAUCCACGAGGUCAUUGUCCUCUACCUCUUCGAGGUCGACGUCGACUUCUACCGGAGCUCGCCCAUCGCAAUCCGGCUCAGCCUCAGAGACUGGGGCAGGCAACCUAAAGAGCGAUGCGGCAGGUCUCUCUUCAUCCGCCAAGAUAGGUAUCGGUGUGGGAGCAGGUGUCAGUGUCCUAGCCAUCGCCUUGGCCUUGUGGCUUCUCAGAAGACGGCCAAAGAACCGCACGAAGUCUAUGCAAAUUUCGGGCCCAAUGCCUGGCUCCGGCAGAGACUACACCGGAGGUUUCAUUGGCAUGAAGGACAAGAAUCACUCGGAGCUUGAGAUGAAGUCGAGAAGGUACGAAGACAUGUUGCCGCGCCAGUCACCCAGACGUUUCGAGUAA